GAGGGUGUAAUUAUUAUAAAUACACCCAAUACACAAAACCUAACCCUAAUAAUUUUAGACCUAGCAUCCAAUCCCUCCACCAUAAACAGCAGAAAAUACUUUGUAAGCUUUCUGUCCUCCAUUGAAGCAUCUUCCAAGGAAUUUCUUUAAAUUGCCCUAAAAUGGUAGGACGAAAACGGCCGUGCGCCGACGAAUUGAGGGCUGAAAGUGAUGAUGAAGAAGUACAAGCAGAACAAGUGGAAGAAGAGGAGAGAGAAAAUAAUGGCAAUGAAGUUGAGAAGAUUGAGAAGAAAAAAAAGAAGAAAAAGAGUGGUGGGAUUGGAAUUAUGAGUGAUCAAUCCUUCUUUGCUCUACCAGUUUCUGAGCCUACUAAAAAUGCUAUUAAGGAUAUUGGGUUCUCCAACAUGACCCAGAUUCAAGCUAGAGCUAUACCUCCUCUCUUGGAAGGCAAAGAUGUGCUGGGAGCUGCGAGGACUGGUUCUGGAAAGACCCUUGCUUUUCUUAUUCCAGCUGUGGAAUUGUUGCACCAGACUCGUUUUACUCCUCGUAAUGGUGUUGGUGUUGUUGUUAUUUGUCCAACAAGGGAGCUUGCUAUUCAGUCACACGCUGUUGCUAAAGACCUUCUGAAGCAUCAUUCACAAACCCUUGGCUUGGUGAUUGGUGGUGCAGGCCGAAGGGGAGAAGCAGAACGACUUGCCAAAGGUGUUAAUCUUUUAGUGGCAACUCCCGGACGACUUCUUGACCAUCUUCAAAAUACUAAGGGGUUCAUAUUCAAAAACUUGAAGUGCUUGGUAAUUGAUGAAGCUGACAGGAUUCUGGAAGCUAAUUUUGAAGAAGAAAUGAGGCAGAUCAUAAAGCUUUUGCCGAAGGAACGUCAAACAGCUCUUUUUUCAGCCACUCAAACCCAGAAGGUGGAGGACCUUGCACGCUUGUCGUUCCAGUCUACUCCUAUCUAUAUUGAUGUUGAUGAGGGCAGGAGAAGGGUUACCAACGAAGGACUACAGCAGGGCUAUUGUGUUAUUCCCAGUGAUAAGAGACUUAUCCUUCUCUAUUCGUUUCUGAAGAGGAAUCUGAAUAAGAAAGUCAUGGUCUUCUUUUCUUCCUGCAACUCAGUAAAAUUCCAUUCAGAACUCUUUAGAUAUAUUCAGAUAGACUGUUUAGAUAUCCAUGGGAAGCAAAAGCAGACCAAGAGGACAACAACAUUUUUUGACUUCUGCAAAGCAGAGAAAGGCAUACUUUUGUGCACUGAUGUUGCUGCUCGUGGACUUGAUAUUCCUGCUGUGGAUUGGAUUGUGCAGUAUGAUCCUCCAGAUGACCCAAAGGAAUAUAUUCAUAGGGUUGGACGAACAGCUCGUGGGGAAGGUGCAAAGGGUAACGCUUUGCUUUUCCUGAUUCCAGAAGAGUUGCAGUUCCUUAGUUAUUUGAAGAGUGAGAAGGUUCCUGUGAAAGAGUAUGAUUUUGAUACAAAGAAGCUGGCAAAUGUGCAGUCACAUCUGGAGAAAUUGGUUACAAAUAAUUAUUACUUGAACAAGUCAGCUAAAGAUGCAUACAGAGCCUACAUAUUGUCAUAUAACUCGCAUUCCAUGAAAGAUGUGUUCAAUGUACACCAACUCGAUCUACAGGCGGUAGCUACUUCGUUCUGCUUUUCUUGCCCACCAAAGGUAGAUAUCAAACUAGACAGCAAUGCUUCAAAGUUUAGGAAGAAGAGCCGUAAAAUUGAAGGGAGGUUUAAUGAAAGCAAUCCUUAUGGGAAGCGAGGUGGAGAUGAUACUAGGCAAUUUGUUAGGUAUUAGAAAACUUUCAUAACAGAAUUUGUUCAAGUGUUUUUUACUAAUUACUUUGAAGAUGUGUCAUGUUGGCAAUUUUGAGUCUUCUGCGUAUAGUCUGUAACAUUUCUACAGUAUCUAAUACUGGUCUUGGACAUUGAACACCAAGAGUUGUAUUUUAUCGUGAAAGAAGCUUAUUGAAUUAUUUACGUCUGUGAAGAACUUUGUAUUGCAAUAUCUUGAUAUUUGAA